AUGGGGCGCUACGAACAAUGGAUCGAUCAAUUGGAUGCCGUCACCUCAAGGUUGGAAUCACGUUGGGAGGAACUUGAUCGACGUGUGACAAGAUUGCAGGCGUCAAAAGCAGCGUAUGGACAGCUGCGCACUUCGAUUCUGGAGAGUUCGCCCUCCUCUGCUGCCGGAGCCACCGCCACAGCAGUUGCACCCUAUUGCUCCACAGAAACUAGCUGCAACGGCGUUAACUGUUGCCAAACAACACUUCCACCACGACUCAAGGAGCUCGAGUACAAGUACAGAACAACUGAAGCUAUCAGUGAUCAUAGCUCUUGUGGAUUUGUUCUUCCUGUUGAGAAGAUAUGGUUAACAAAUCAUUACAAAAGUUUCAAAGCAUUAAACCGAGGAUUGGGAUUCGCUCGUCUGGUACUUGAGUGGGAAUUUGGUGAACUGAAAGGUUAUACUAACAGUACUUGCAUAUAUGCUAAUGAUUAUUGCCUCUCAUAUCCUGAUAAUUUUGGCCGCAGAUAUGCACAAAAUAGUUUUCCCGGUUGUUCAGAAAAACAUUUUAACGAUCAUUGUAGCAGAUAUCCUUUCGAUUAUUACUGCCGAUCAUCAUCGGUUAGUUCUCGAUAUUCAUUUGAUUUAUUUUAUGAGGGGUCAAAUUCAUUUUAUUAUGAUACGGCCGGUUAUGCAUCUUCAACCAAAUAUUGCUCUUGUCCGAGAGGGUUUGAAGGUAACCCGUAUCUACCAGAGAAAUGCAUUGAUGUAGACGAAUGUGCAAAUGCAACAGAUCACUGUGGACCAUUGUCUUGCACCAAUGUAAUAGGGGAUUAUAUAUGUAUUGAUGAAAAUUUUAAAUAUAAAGCCCGUCAGAAAACAAUAUUAAUCAGCGUUGGCAGUAGCCUCGGUGCUCUGAUUCUACUCCUUGUAGCGUGGAGAUCGACCAAAGCCAUCAGAAAAAGAAUCAAGGCGAACCGGAGACACAAGUUUUUCAAGCGAAACGGGGGGCUGUUGCUGGAACAACAGCUUUCAGCAACUGAUAAUGGCCUUGACAAGAACAAAUUGUAUAGUUCUAAAGAGUUGACACUGGCCACUGAUCAUUACAAUGAGAACCGCAUACUUGGCCGUGGUGGGCAAGGCACUGUCUACAAAGGAAUGUUGAAGGAUGGUAAGAUUGUGGCAGUCAAGAAAUCGCAGAAGUUAGAGGAAGGUGAUCUUGAAGUCUUCAUAAAUGAAGUGGUUAUUCUGUCACAAGUCAACCACAGGAAUGUGGUUAAGCUACUAGGAUGUUGCCUGGAGACUGAAGUUCCUCUUCUCGUCUACGAGUUCAUCCCAAAUGGAACCCUUUUCCAACAAAUUCAUGAGCCAAGUGAGGAAUUCCCAUUGACAUGGGAAAUGAGACUGAGAAUUGCAAGAGAAGUAGCGGGUGCACUCGCUUACUUGCACUCUUCAGCGUAUUCGCCUAUCUAUCACCGCGAUAUCAAGUCAACAAACAUAUUGUUGGAUGACAAAUAUCGCGCUAAGGUCUCAGAUUUUGGGACAUCAAGGUCAGUAGCUCUUGAUCAGACUCACUGCACCACCCGAGUUCUAGGCACCUUCGGCUACUUGGAUCCAGAGUACUUCCAGUCAAACCAAUUCACAGAGAAGAGCGAUGUCUACAGCUUUGGUGUGGUUAUGGUUGAGCUUCUGACCGGUGAGAGAGCAAUAUCAUCCAUCCGAACUGAAGCAGGGAGGAGUUUAGCCACACAUUUCUUACACUCGAUGGAGGAAAACGUGUUAUUUGAAAUACUUGAUGCAAGGGUCCUCAGAGAAGGCAAGAGGGAUGAAAUCGUGGCUGUAGCUCAACUUGCUAGAAGAUGUCUGCAUUUGAAUGGGAAGAGAAGACCAACAAUGAAGGAAGUUUCAGCGGAGUUGGAAGCUAUCAAAAAGGUGGAAGAAUGCUCGUAUGUCGAAGAUAGAGAUGGUGGCAGCAGAGAGUUUCAUUCUCUUUCUAUAGAGCCUGCUGAUUCUAUCAGCUUCACUUCCAUCGCCCCGUUUCCGCCAGAAGCUGAGUAUCCAUUGCUUGGUGAGUGAAUAGAUGGACUACUUUCUUUAACUGCUUUGCUUGCAAUAAGUUUCUUUUAACAUCAUAUUCUGUUGUCAUUCAAGAGUUUGUAUUGAUCUUAGAUUGUUGCUAAACAUUAUGUAAUGUAUUCAGUAUGUGUGCUACAU